GGUCAGAGUUGAAAGGGGAAAGGUCGACAGAAACAUGGCUGCUCCCGUGGAUGACAUGUUUUCCUUCUGCGUGGACCCCGGCAGAGUCUCCAGCUGCGUGGACGUUAGAUUUAUAAACAACGUGAAGGGCAAAGGUCUCUUUGCCAAAAAGAGCAUCAAGAAGGGAGACGCCCUUUUUCUUGAGCGGCCUCUGGUCUCUGCUCAGUUCCAGUGGAAUGCUUUGUAUAAAUACAGAGCCUGUGAGUACUGCUUACGCGCUCUGGAGACUGCAGAGGAGAAUGCGAGGAGACUCAGCGGCAUCCCUGGACUCAGCCUCCCUCAUCCUCAGCUCUGCCGUGUUCGACCAGAGCUGCACCAAGGCUGCCCUCAGUGCCAGGUGAUGUACUGCAGCAGCGAGUGUCGACAAGCUGCAGCAGAUCAGUACCAUCGAGUUCUGUGUUUAGGCUCCUCCCAUGACGAUCCGGACCAUCCUGUCAACAAGCUUAAAGAUGCAUGGAGGAGUAUGCAUUAUCCCCCAGAGACCUCCAGCAUCAUGCUUAUGGCCAGGAUGGUAGCUGCUGUCAAACAAGCCAAAGACAAAGCACACUGGCAGCAGCUGUUUUCCCACUUCUGCAGCCGGACAGGUAAUGAGGAAGAGGAGAUCGCCCAUAAGCUCCUGGGAGAGAAGUUCAGAGGGCAGCUGGCUUUGCUACAGAGCCUUUUUAAAGCGGCACUUCAUGACGAUCAUCUCAGUCGGUGGUUUGCUCCUGAGGGUUUCCGCUCUCUGUUCGCUCUGGUGGGAACCAACGGACAAGGCAUCGGCACGAGCUCUUUGAGUCGGUGGGUUCAUGCCUGUGAUGCACUUGAGCUUCCUGCCCAGCAGAAGGAGCAAUUGGACUCUUUUAUCGACCAGCUGUACAAGGACAUCGAGAAAGAAACGGGAGACUUCCUAAACUGUGAGGGCUCUGGGCUGUUUCUGCUUCAAAGCUCAUGUAACCACAGCUGCAUACCCAACGCAGAGGCGUCCUUCCCCGACAACAAUUUCCUGCUCCAGCUCUGCGCCCUUAGUGACAUCAACCCAGGAGAGGAGAUCUGCAUCAGUUAUUUGGACUGCUGUCAGCGGGACCGAAGCCGUCAUAGCAGACACAAAGUUCUGAGGGAGAACUACCUGUUCGUCUGCUCAUGUCCAAAGUGCAUCUCCCAGAUGCACGAGCUGGACGUGACGUCAGAGGAGGAAGAGGAAGACGAAGGCGAGGCCGAAGGUGAAGCGGAGGGGGAUGAGAUGGAAGAUGAGAUGACGGAUGUCUGACGAAAGACUUGCUCAUAGUGGUUGGCCGCUCCCUUUCCUGCCACCACGCUAAGCAACCAUGACGCCCCGAGGGAUAACGACCAGUUAAUUUCACCAGAACUGUCCAAAUGUGUGGGAAAAGUUAUGAACAAUUACCUGACACAUUUCACUCAUUCUUUGUCUUGUUUUUGGAGAAAAAUGUGAUGUCAGUAUUAGGACAGUGAUGGUUUUUUGCUGCACUUCAGCACACUGGGUGAAAUAAAACAAAGGCUAUGAUUUUCACCACCUCUAAAUGUGAACGUAAACACCUUUUUUUUAAUUAAUUAAUUUUUUUUAUAUCUACAUUAAUAAUAUGACCUAUUGCCUCAUUAAGUAGGUACCAAACACCCCUUGAACACCUGCUCUCCAGUGGACACAUUUCUCUCCUUGAUGCAGUGACGUUCAAGUGGACUCCAGUUCACCUUGACAUCACCGCGUUUAGUUAUAGAUGCACCGGAGCAUAUUUCUGACGACGCCUGGCAGUCAAAGGUGAAAAACGCAAACCAAAUUCAAACCGGAGAAGGCAAGUAAACCGUUUUAUAUAUUUUUAACAGCUGCCUGCCGCUGCUGGAAAUGUCAUUGAUAAGUUCGGUGAGAAUAAAUCACAAAAAUGAGUUCAAAGACUCCAGAGGAGGGUGAUUAUUCUCUGAAGGUUUGUCACUUUGAGUGGUCGUACACAGUCCUUUAAUCCAUUGUUAAUAUAUGAUUGCAGCGGCUUUUACAUUACCGUCUUACCUGUUCAAAUGUUCCACAUAACUCAAUGUGCUGGAGAAAACUGUCCUGAUACUUAAUGUCUGACCUUCAGCUCCACUAAAUCAAACUCAGAGGAUGUGUUAUCAUCCCUCUCAAACAAGGCAAAGUGAUAAAGCCAAGGCCAAUUGAUUCUCAGGUGUUUUUCCUCCACUUAAGGAGUUUCUUACAUGACUAUGCAUUAUUGUAUUGAAGAGGCUUUUUAUUUAUAUUCGGUUGUAAUUACAGUCUUGUCAUGUGGGAGGCAUGCGGGCGGUGAUGUAUAGUUUGGUUUUCAUACGAUGAUCUAUGGGGUUAAGUUAAACCUUCCUUAAUGUAUUAUGGAGACCUUGAGUUGAAAAUUGCUUUGUCAGUAACUGUUGGCCCUUUUGUUGAGGACUGUAUUUCAAACCGCAGUUCCACAUGAGUCAAAUUGCUGCUGCCCACACAUGAAUCAAUAUUACAACAAUGACUGUAAUCACAAAUCCCAAUAUUUUCAGUUACUCCACAAAGAUUGGAGAAACCGAAUGAGUAAUCACAUUUUUUUGUUUUGUUUACAUCCAGCACGGUGGCACAGGAGAAUGUGAAAGUCACAUGUAUGAUUUAAAUAUAACCGCAGCCUAGCAGUUGUCAUUUUUACUACUGUGGCAUAAACCAUUGAAAUUG